AUGGGCUCUCGUCAAAUUACACCGGGCGACAUGGGUCCCCCUGCUGCUGCUGAAACGUCUCUGCUUGCCCGUGGACCAACUCCGGCCCCUAACGCUCGCGGUGAUGACAAAACUCCUCGCACUGACCGUGCUGAUGUCCCUGCUGUCAAAUACGAAUCUGACCCCGCUGGUCGAAACGCUAUUCGCCACUAUAAUCGGGUUGAUAAACCCGCAACAUCUGCUUCUAUUGCCUCUGGGGGCAAUGGUUAUCUUCAAUCUCGAAUGAUGCAUGCAAACGUACCUCUCAAUCAGUCCGAGCACCGCCGCAUCGCAGGAAUAGAAGGGAGCGAUCAUCUGUACGGCCCUCUUCCACUAAAGUACUUUCUAUACGAGGGCUGUUUCCCUGGGCACCGCUUUGCCGCCAUGAAGUCGGUCAUGAAGAAGUCUUUCCAGGAUAUGCUCAACGGUGUCAGGCCGGGCUUGCGAUCAUCCGGUAAACUGUGUGAGAGGUCUAUGUACGACCCACUGGUUGAGUGCUUUACUUCUAUUACCAACAAAGCAGUUCCAAAGAGUGUGUUGCCCAUCGAAUUCCGCAACAUUGCCGAUACUCGACCUGCAGAAAUGCAAGGUGGGUAUCGAUCCACGCCCGAUAUUUGCAUAUUACGGAGGCUGUCUGAGUCCGACGACGAGGGCGAGAGUGUGGUCAACUCGAAGAAAAUGUCAGGAAAGGUGAAGACGAAAGGCGAAGCGAAGGGCAAAGGGAAAGAGAAGGAAUCGAGGCGCCCCAAGCCUCCGAGAACUCAGGAGGAACUAGUGGACGACUACUGGGGCUGUGGGCUAGGAUUUGUCGAAGUGAAGGCGUCGGAGAAGGCCGAUCCCUUCUACCAGGAGGACCUGACUGCUAACGAGGCUUCGCAGAGAACCGAGGAGCAGGUGGAUACAUGGAACCAAAUUCAAGAAUAUGCCGCAAUCGCUUUUCGCAACGUGCCACGUACAUUCCUUCUCGCGAUCGGUAUCUUCGGUGACGUGGCUCGGCUUUUUCGAUGGGACAGAUCUUCCGUCAUGGUUUCCCACUGCAUUCGAUACAAAGACGACCCGAAGCCACUGGUGGAGUUCAUUAUCGGACUUGCCAAUUAUGCCAACAGUGGGCUAGACACCUCCGCAUGCAUGCCCGUCGUGGACCCCGCCGAACGUACCUUGGUGGAACGGUCGUAUCAGGAGGCAUUGAGGCUCGGUCUUUUUGAAGGGCCGUACAAAGGCCUGCGCGGAGGCUUGACGCUGCUCAGCGAAAGCAGCCGGAUGACUAUACGGUCGAAGGAGGACGCGGGCGCUUUCCAUACCGUUCUCACUUUGGGACGCCCCAUAUUUUGUAGUAAAUCUAUCGUGGGCCGAGGCACUCGCGUGUGGAUCGCGAAGAAGGUGGGCAGCGGAGAGAAAGAGUUUCUCGUGGUCAAGGAUCAGUGGGCAGAUGAUGUAGGAAAACGUCAGUACAGUAUGUAG